GCCUGGCUGGCUGCCUACAUACAUACACACGCACGCACGCAUGCAUGUGCCUUGGCCCUGGCUGCGCGGUGGAGACCCUUGGACCCUGGAUUCGACGCAAGGCUUUCGUGCGUGCGUUGCGUGUCGGUCCAUCCACCCACCCGCCUGCCCGCUUGCUUGGCCGCUUGCAUGCGUGCGUGCGCGCUGCACUGCACUGUACUGCGCUUACGGCGGACGCGGACGCGGCUGCCUGCGCCGGAGGAGGGGGAGGGUUUGUUAGGUAGGGUGAGGUGAGGUGAGGUGGUGUGGUGUGGCAGGGCGAAAAGCAAAAGGAUAUAUACGGUGAUGUAGGGUAGGGUAUGGAGGACUGCGUGCGGGUGCGCACAAAGGAAAGGCGUGCUUCGUGGGGAGAUAGGUAGGUAGGUAGGUACCUAGGUAGGCGGGUAGGUGGGUGGACUGCCCGCUCCGCCUGGCCUGGCCUUGUCUUGUCUAAUCGCCGUCCUUCCCUUUCGUUCGGUCGUCUCCUCCUUCUCCCUCUCGGUUUUCUUGAUUUCCUCAUUCUUCGUUCUUCGCACAGCGGAAAUGUAAACGUCGCUUCGCAUGCUUACCUACCUACCUACCUACCUACCUACCGCCUGCACUGUACUGUACUGUGCCCCUC